AUGCCGCCGGAAAAAAAGCGAUCGGCAAGUAGUGGAAAUGCAAAUAAUGUUAAAGUCGUUGUUCGGUGUCGACCGAUGAGUAAUAAAGAAGUGAGCAACGAUCAUAAAUCAAUUGUUUUUGUAAAUGAAUCGUCCGGAACAAUUGAUGUUCGAGCACCAGAAAAUAGCAAUGAUGAUACAAAUAAAGCAUAUACAUUUGAUUAUGUUUUUGGACCAGAUUCUAAACAAGUUGAUGUUUAUAAUUUGGUUGCUCGUCCAAUUGUUGAUGCUGUACUUGAAGGUUACAAUGGAACAAUAUUUGCUUACGGUCAAACAGGCACCGGCAAAACAUUUACAAUGGAAGGAAAAAAAGAUAAUAAUCAAAAUUAUGGUAUUAUUCCAAAUUCUUUUGCACAUGUUUUUCUUGAAAUAUCCAAAGCUAACAAAGAUGUUCAAUAUUUAGUUAGUGUGUCAUAUCUUGAAAUAUAUAAUGAAGAAGUUCGAGAUUUACUUGGUAAAGAUCGUGAUAAAAGUUUAGAAAUUAAAGAACGACCAAAUGUUGGUGUUUAUGCUGAUGGUUUAUCUGCUCAUGGUUGUCAUUCAGCAACAGAUAUGGAAACAUUAAUGCGCUCUGGCAGUUUCAAUCGUCAUACGGGUCAGACUCUUAUGAACGAACGUAGUAGUCGAUCACAUGCAAUAUUUUCAAUUACAAUUGAAUGUAGUGACACUGGUCCAGAUGGUAAAAAACGUAUUCGAGCUGGGAAAUUACAUAUGGUUGAUUUAGCAGGUAGCGAACGUCAAUCAAAAUCAGGCGCUGAAGGAAAUACAUUAAAAGAAGCAACAAAAAUUAAUUUAUCAUUAUCAACAUUAGGCAAUGUUAUAUCAGCAUUAGUUGAUGGAAAAUCAACACAUGUACCAUAUCGAAAUUCGAAAUUAACUCGACUUUUACAAGAUUCAUUAGGUGGAAAUUCUAAAACAGCAAUGAUUGCAAAUAUUGGUCCAGCUGAUUAUAAUUAUGAUGAAACAUUGAAUACUCUAAGAUAUGCAAAUCGAGCUAAAAAUAUCAAAAAUCAUGCACGUGUUAAUGAAGAUCCGAAAGAUGCUAUGAUUCGAAAUUUAGAAAAUGAAAUUGAACUUUUACGUAAAAAAGUUGAAGAAAAUGGAGGAGAUGAUGGUGAAGAAUCAGGUUCUGAUGUAAGUGAAACUGAUGAAAAUGGUCAGCGUGUAGUACGUAAACGUCCAUUAAAUGUUCGUCAAGAACGUAAAGAAGAAAUUGAACGUCAAAUCGAUGAAGAACGAAGAAAAUUACAAAGUGAUACGGAAAAAUCACAAAAAGAACGAGAUAAAAUAGCUCGAGCACUUCGUGAAAAACAAGAAGAACUUCAAACAAUGAAAGAACAAGAUGAUCUUGCAGAAAAACUUCGACAAUUAGAAAAAAAAUUAAUUGUUGGUGGAGAAAAUUUACUUGACAAAGCCGAAAAACAAGCAAUAUUUAUAGAAGAGAGCGAAAAAGAAUUAGAAAAACGUGUACAAAAUGAAGAACAAUUACGAAAACAAUUACAACAAAAAGAGGCUGAAACACUUGAUGUUCAAGUAAAAUAUACAACAUUAAAAGAAGAAGCUGAAGAUUUAACAAGAAAAUUAAAAAUUUUUGGAAAAAAAUAUCAAGAUGCAAAACGAGAAUUAGUUGAUCUUGAACGUGAAUAUCUUCAACAACGUAGUGAAUUAAUUGAAGCUAAUACUCAAGCAUUUCGUGAAUUACAAAAACAAGAAUUUAUUAUUAAAAGUUAUGUACCUGAUGAAUAUCUUAAACUUAUUCAAGAGAAUGCCUUAUGGAAUGAACAGUUUGGAGAAUGGAGUCUUAAAUCUAUUGCAUAUACUGGAAAUAAUAUGAAAAAUGAAGAAAAAUUAAAAAAACCUGAGAAUGAUGAUUUGAAUUUAACACAUGUUUAUUUAGCUUAUACAGCUAAAGGUGCAGAAAAAGCUAUGCAGGAUUUUAUGGAAAGAAAGAAAAAACUUAAAGUUAAAGAAAAGAAAAAGAAAUCAACAAAUGAUGAUCGCCCAACGACAGCAGUACGAAAAUAA